AUGGCAGACGUGCUCCAGCCGAUUGGCGCUGUGCCAGCAGACGUCAAGGCAGAACUCGAUCUCAAGACGAAGAAGGAGCUCAACCACACCAUCCCUUCCGCGGCAUCGAUCUUGGACAAGUACAACCAAGAAAGUGCUAAACGGUUUAGAAAGGAUGGGCUGAAUCAAUUCAUCCCAAACUCAACCCCAAAGUAUCAAAGCUACUUUAGAGAUAUCUGGAUCGACGAAAAUGCCGUGGAUCCGGGCGCCAAUUCACUCACGGAUGGAUCGCGUUGUGAGGUCCUGAUCGUGGGUGCCGGCUAUGGUGGUCUGCUGGCGGCCGCGAGACUGAUCCAGGCUGGGGUGGAUGUGAACGAUAUCCGUCUGGUCGAUGCUGCCGGUGGCUACGGCGGGACGUGGUAUUAUAACCGCUAUCCGGGCCUGAUGUGUGACGUUGAAAGUUAUAUCUACAUCCCCCUCCUGGAAGAACUGGGGUAUAUGCCGAAACACAAGUACUCUUACGGACCCGAGUUGCGACAACAUGCAGACAAUAUCGCCGACCAUUUCAAUCUCAGAGACAAAACCCUAUUCCAGGCCAGGAGCACCGACAUAACCUGGGACUCCUCGAAGAAUGAAUGGACUACCAGAAUAGAAUCGACACGCAAGGGACAAGAAGGGACUACGAUAUCGGUGUCGUCUCGGUUCGUGAUUCUUGCCGGUGGAACAAUAAAUUGGCCGAAGAUUCCAAGACUCAGUGGGCUGGACAGUUUCAGCGGACACAGCUUUCACACGUCGCGCUGGGACUGGGAGUACACGGGCGGGUGCGAAGAGGAGCCGGCGAUGAAAAACCUGGCCGACAAGGCAGUGGGUAUUAUCGGCACUGGCGCCACGGCCAUUCAGCUGGUCCCAGAGCUCGCCAGGUGGGCGAAACAUCUGUAUGUGUUCCAACGGACACCGUCGGCGGUGGACGUCCGCGGCCAAUGCAAGACCGAUGCCGACUGGUGGGCUCGCGAGACCCAGGGCAGACCGGGAUGGCAGAAGCGCAGGCGGAUGAACUUCAGCGCCUUCACGGCGAACACGACUCCCAAGCCAGAGAUCGACCUGGUCGACGACGAGUGGACCAAGUUCCCGUCCUACAGUGGACUCGUCGGAGGUCCCAAUGCGCCUGUCUCGGCGGACGACGCCCCCUCGUACCUGGCUACGCUCAAUGAGCUCGAUCUCGUCCGGCAGGAGAAGGUCCGUGCUCGGGCGGACGACAUCGUCAAGGACAAGGCGACGGCUGAAAAAUUGAAGGCCUGGUACCCCGGCUGGUGUAAGCGGCCGUGUUUCCACGACGAGUAUCUGCAGAGUUUCAAUGCUCCCAACGUGACGCUCGUCGACACCGAUGGCCGUGGAGUGGACGGCCUCACGGAAGCCGGUAUUGUGUUCGACGGCAAAGAGUAUCCUGUGGAUACCCUGGUCUUUAGCACGGGUUAUGAACUCCCCCUGGGCACAAGCCCCGGAGCACGCCUACACCUUCGCGUGGUCGGGCCGAACGGCCAAUCGCUCGACGAGAAAUGGGACCGAGGAGUCGCAACUCUGCAUGGCGUUCAGUCGAACGGCUUUCCCAACCUGUUCUGGCUGGGGCUCACGCAAACUGGCGCCACGCCGAACCAGACGGCCAUGGUCGACGAGUUGGCCCAGCAUAUCGCCUUCAUCGUCACCGAGGUCGCGAAAGGGGUCCAAAAAGAUGGCCGCGGUCCGAGUCCCGGUAGCAGCAGCAGCAGGAGCAAGUUCGCCUUUACCAUCGAGCCCACCGUCGAGGCAGAGUUCGCUUGGACCCAGCGGAUCGUUGCCGGCGCCGCGGCAUUCAUCGCCAUGUCCAACUGUCCGCCCAGCUACUUCAACGGCGAAGGCGACCUCUACCGACUCGCGGCUUCUGGGCCGGAAGCCCUCGCAAAAAUAGCACGGGGAGCCAUGUGGGCGAAAGGGUACGAGGAUUGGUUGCGAGUCCUCGAAGCCUGGAGGAGUGAUGACUUCCGAAAAGACCUGAGGAUAGAGACUUUCUAG